AUGUUUAGCAUUCACUCCGGCCGCCACGAGGAAAACAGCCUUGAUGUCAGCACCUACAGGUUUCCUUGCAAGGAAGAUGAACGAAAUUUCAGACAGCUGCCGCUUUCACGACUAGAAACACAGACAAACCUGUCAAGCAGAGCGAUGUCCAAAGAUGUAAAGGUGGAGUCCUCGAAAGGGCAGACGGUUCGGAAGAAAACAAGGAGUAUCAGCAGUAGCGAAGAUGAAGAUGAAGAUAGCACCAGGGAGUCCAAAGAAUCUCGCAACCUCAGUGAAACCUUUGUGGCUGUAAUAGCUCAGGGUAUAUUAAGCGUACCUUCAAAACGGAUGACCCUUAGUUCGAUCUACAACUUCAUCUCUAAACGAUUUCCACACUUCGACAAAGAAAAGGGCCCCGGCUGGAGAAACAGUGUACGCCAUAAUCUGUCCAGUAAUGACUGUUUCGUCAAGGCGAGCAGAGCAGAGAAUGGAAAGGGCCAUUACUGGAUGAUCCACCCAAAAGAUUUACCCGAGUUCUCAAAAGGAAACUAUCGAAGACCUAGAAAACCAAGAAGACCACGCUGCAGUCAUUCCCUGAGUUGUGCCACAGACAGAGGCUUGCUUGGACUGCCAAUAUCCGCAAGCUUAUUCCCGUAUCCCCACAAGCCGCCUUCUAGUUUAGACUUUUCCAAGCCUCAUUCUCCUGAGACUUUUUCACGUCCAUUUGGAGUAACAUCUCCGAGGUAUGAAUACUUCAGUCGCGCAGAGCCAGAGGCGCCUCGCUACCCCCUAAACCAGUUCCAAGGAUUCUCAACUCCACCUCCACCGUACGGUUUCCUUUGGCAAGACAACUCAGCCUUCAGGAAUUACAGUACGCGUUUACAAUCGUCUACCUUUCAUCCGUGUUUGUACAUGUCUCCAGUAGCACAGAAGGACAAUGUAAUGGGGAUUAAUUAUGCUUAG